AUGGUCCGCUCGCGUGCCAAUUCAGAUGUCCACCCUGACCACGCAGUCAACGUCGUCUAUGACGACGUCUCAUUGUCUGAUGCUUUGAAUCCAGACCCGAGGAAUGAGAGUGACUUCCAAGUGGAGGAUAAUCGGUUUGCCUUCUCGCCCGGUCAGCUAAAUAAAAUGCAGAAUCCAAAGUCCCUUGCUGCUUUCCAUGCUCUUGGUGGUUUGCAGGGAUUGGAACGUGGUCUGCGCACUGAUCUUGAUGCUGGCUUGUCUAUCGAUGAAGCUUGUCUUGAGGGGGCCGUCGACUUCGACGAGGUUGCUCCUUCUACGCAUAUUAAGUCGGCUGCCAAAUCAAUACCCAAGACUGAGGUUCCUCCUCCCGCUCCGGUUUCAUCAGGUGCCGGCUCGCCAUUCGAGGAUCGUAUUCGUGUCUUCAGUCAAAACAGGUUGCCUGCUCGGAAGUCGACGGGUUUCUUCAAAUUGUUCUGGAUUGCUUAUAAUGAUAAGAUUAUUAUAUUGUUGACUAUCGCCGCCAUUGUCUCAUUAUCCCUCGGGAUAUACGAGACCGUCGACGGAGGCACAGGCGUCGACUGGGUGGAAGGAGUAGCCAUCUGCGUGGCAAUCCUCAUUGUCACAAUUGUCACUGCAGCCAAUGACUGGCAAAAGGAAAGACAAUUCGCCAAACUCAACCAACGGAACAACGACCGCGAAGUAAAAGUUAUCCGCUCCGGCAAAUCAACAAUGGUCUCCAUAUAUGACAUCCUAGUCGGUGAUGUCCUCCACCUGGAACCCGGCGACGCAAUCCCUGCCGACGGCGUCCUGGUAACAGGCCACGGCGUGAAAUGCGACGAAUCCUCCGCUACCGGCGAAUCAGAUGCAAUGAAGAAAACACCCGGCCAUGAAGUCUGGCAGCAGAUAGUCGAUGGGAGAGCUACCAAAAAACUGGAUCCGUUCCUUAUUUCCGGUAGUAAGGUGCUGGAGGGUGUUGGCACUUACUUGGUUACUAGUGUUGGGCCGUACUCUACUUAUGGGCGGAUUUUACUUUCAUUGCAGACUCCUAAUGACCCUACGCCGCUUCAGGUUAAGCUUGGGAAGCUGGCGGAUUGGAUUGGGUAUCUUGGUACUGCGGCUGCCGGUGUUUUGUUCUUUGUUCUUUUCUUCCGGUUUGUUGCUGAUUUGCCUAAUCAUCCGGAGAAGAAUGGAGCUAUGAAGGGCAAGGAGUUCGUUGAUAUCCUUAUUGUUGCUGUUACUGUCAUUGUUGUUGCUAUCCCGGAGGGUCUUCCAUUGGCAGUGACAUUGGCUUUGGCCUUUGCUACAACUCGAAUGGUUAAGGAGAACAACCUUGUUCGUGUGCUUCGAGCUUGCGAGACAAUGGGAAAUGCUACUGUCAUCUGCUCCGACAAGACAGGCACACUUACCCAGAACAAGAUGACAGUAGUUGCUGGAACUUGGGGCUCGGAUCAGAGCUUCAGCCAGUCAACUGAUGGUGACGAGGAAGAGCUAAACUCGACGACCACGUCUGAGAUCUCUCAGCAACUCUCAGCCCCCGUCCGAGACUUGAUCAUCAAGAGUAUUGCUUUGAACUCCACUGCCUUCGAGCAGGAAAAGGAAGGGGGUAAAGAAUUCGUCGGUAGCAAGACCGAAGUCGCAAUGCUCCAGCUAGCCCGUGAUUACAUGGGCAUGGAUCUUGUCUCGGAGCGUGGCUCUGCUGAAAUCGUACAAUUGAUUCCCUUCGACUCUUCCAGGAAGUGUAUGGGUGUCGUGUACCGUGUUCCUGGUUUGGGAUACCGUCUCCUCGUUAAGGGAGCAUCCGAAUUGAUGGUCCGCGUUUGCACUGCCCAAAUCGCAAACAUCGAUUCCUCUAAAGAGAGAAUUGAUGUUGAGCAGCUUUCCGACCAACAAAACCAGCAUAUUCUGGAACUCAUCGAUAACUAUGCUCACAAAUCUCUUCGGACGAUUGGUAUGGUUUAUAAGGACUUCGCUAGCUGGCCUCCCGCAGAGGCUAAGAGCCCUGAGGACCCUUCCUCCGCCAAUUUCGAAGACGUCUUCCAUGGCAUGACCUGGGUCGGCGUCGUGGGUAUUCAAGACCCUCUACGCCCCGAGGUCCCUGCAGCCAUUCGCAAAUGCCACUCUGCAGGUGUGCAAGUCAAGAUGGUGACGGGAGACAACGUCGCCACGGCCACAGCCAUCGCAUCUUCCUGUGGAAUCAAAACAGAAGAUGGACUUGUGAUGGAAGGACCCAAGUUCCGACAAUUGACAGACGCGGAGAUGGACGAAGUCAUCCCCCGUCUGCAAGUUCUGGCACGGUCAUCCCCGGAAGACAAGCGUAUCUUAGUCGAACGACUCAAAGUGCUUGGCGAGACUGUCGCUGUUACUGGCGAUGGUACCAAUGACGGACCAGCUUUGCGAACUGCAGAUGUCGGUUUCUCCAUGGGUAUUGCUGGUACUGAGGUCGCUAAGGAAGCGAGUUCGAUCAUCCUUCUCGAUGAUAACUUCCGGUCUAUUGUUACGGCUAUUUCUUGGGGCCGGGCUGUCAACGAUGCUGUUGCCAAGUUUUUGCAGUUCCAGAUUACGGUUAACAUCACUGCUGUGGUGCUCACUUUCGUUUCGUCUGUCUACAGCAGUGAUAACACUAGUGUUUUGAGUGCUGUGCAGUUGCUCUGGGUGAACCUGAUCAUGGAUACGUUCGCUGCCUUAGCUCUAGCAACAGAUGCCCCCACAGAAAAGAUCCUCGACCGCAAACCCGUCCCAAAACACGCUUCCCUCUUCACCCUCACUAUGUGGAAGAUGAUCCUCGGCCAAGCUGUCUACCAACUGGCUGUGACAUUCAUGCUUUAUUUCGCCGGCGACAAACUCCUCAACGCCCACCUCAGCUCAGACCCUAACCACCCGGAACUCCGCGAAAAGGAACUCGCAACAGUGGUAUUCAACACUUUUGUGUGGAUGCAGAUCUUCAACGAAUUCAACAACCGCCGCCUGGACAACAAAUUCAAUAUCUUCGAAGGCAUGUUGCGCAACUAUUGGUUCCUGGGAAUCAACGCCAUCAUGGUCGGCGGUCAGGUCAUGAUCGUCUACGUUGGUGGUCAGGCUUUCGGCGUUACCCGCUUGAGUGGCAUUCUCUGGGGGGUGUGUAUCAUCUGCUCUAUUGCUUGUCUGCCUUGGGCGGUUGUCCUGCGCGUUAUCCCUGACUACCAUUUCGGAAUUGUCUUCAAUGCCGUUGUUAGUGGUAUGACUUUUGUCCUGCGGCCUCUUUCUAAGGGUUGCAAGGUCCUUGGUCGGGGUAUCAAGGCUUUCUUCCGGCCUGUGAAACGCCUUACUCGUCGUGCCUUCAGACGGAAGUCGGAAACUGAAGAUGUAUUGGAUCCUCAGUCAUCUGAGUCUUCGGAUCUUGAACAGGCUUCUGCUCGGUUUGAAUUGAGCGAGCAGAAGUCCCCUGAGCGUCCUGUUACGCCCCCUGCUAUUGCUGUUCCGCCUAUUACGAUUACUGCCUCUCCUUGA